AUGGCCUUCCUUGAUGCGCCGAAGAACUUUCAGCCUCCGAAUGCCCGGGAGCGCCGUGAGGAGCCGCUCCAUGGUAGCCUGCUGAGGAGCUUGACGGUGGAUUUGAUAACCACCUACCAGCAGUGCUGUGCUGACUUUGUGUACAGUGACACCACAGCGCCGAGACGAGUCCUCACAAAGCUCUCAAAAGGCGUGUACAACGGAAACUUUGACAAUGCAGAGCACGAUUACAUUUGCCGAGUCGGUGACAAGAUCGUAAACCCUGACGGCCACGCAUACGAGAUCCUUGAGCGGCUAGGACAUGGUACGUUCGGCCAGGUCUUGAAGAUACAUCAUUCCACUUCGAACAGCCAUGUUGCUCUAAAGAUCAUUAAGAACAAGCCAGCCUACUUCCAUCAGGCGUUGGUGGAGGUGCGCAUCUUGCAAAUGCUGAAUCAGGAGUUCGAUCCUGAUGAUGACAAACGGAUUGUGCGAAUGCUGGACUUCUUCGUCUACAGAAAACACCUGUGCAUUGCAUUCGAAUUGCUCAGCGUCAACCUUUAUGAGGUCCUGAAGCAGAACUCAUUCCGUGGUGUGUCCAUGGCACUGAUCCGCGUGCUGACAGACCAGCUUCUGAAGGCCUUGCGGUGCUUGCGAGAGGCGUCUGUCAUCCACUGUGACUUGAAGCCUGAAAAUGUGCUUCUUAGUAAUAUCCACCACACUCGAAUCAAGUUGAUCGACUUUGGAUCAGCUUGUUUUGAAAGCCAUACAGUUUAUCCAUACAUCCAGUCCCGGUUCUAUCGAUCGCCGGAGGUCCUUCUUGGAGUGCCCUAUACCAGUGCCAUCGACAUGUGGAGUUUGGGCUGCAUCUGUGCUGAGCUCUUCCUUGGCCUCCCAGUUUUCCCAGGGCAUUCCGAGUACAACCAGGUGUGCAGAAUUGUGGAGGUGCUGCGCAUGCCCCCGUCCAGCCUUCUCGAUGCUGGGCGCAACACGCGGAGAUACUUCCGCAAGGUGCAAAAAUCCUGCGACAGGAUUUCGAGUUUCAGGGGCCGAGACAGCUGCUGCGAGUCGCCAGGAAGCCCUCGCAAGAAAGGUGGAGAAAGAAGACGGCGCAGAAGGCACACAGCGGGGAAUGGGGUGACUGCUGCAACUGUUCUUAUGAUACACUCAUACACCCAAAACAAGAAGCCGUACGAGCAACAAGAGUGGACAGAGACAUCUUGUAAACGAUAUGAAGCAUGCUCUGUGUCGGGAGGUUCUUCCAGCAGUGGCGAUCGUUCACAGGACAGGGUGCUGUGCGAGCCGUAG